UUUUUGGUUUAAAAUUUUUAGGAUUUUUCGGAUUAGAUUUUGAAGUUAAGAGCCUGAUAACUUUUUUUCUCACACAAAAUACGCCUCUAUUUAAUUUUCUCACAAGUGAAGCAGGCUGGACUUUGAACCCCCAUUCUUAGUAGUGAAGCCGACAAAGAGCGCCUAACCCUCUAGCUAUUCUUGAAUGAAAGGUUGUACCCCUUGCUGUGCUAUUUCUAAGAGAACACUUCCCACAAAAUAUUUUACGUUGCGCAAUAAGAAAGAUGGUGUAUAUACUGGAAGCAGCUUGAAAUUAAAAAUAAAAAUCAUGGAGUAUUUUAAUAUAGCAUGUGAUUAUAUGAAUGUCCAAAAAUGUAAAAAACUGUAUGCUAAACAUCACUGUAGGUUUUUGUGACUAGAUCAAUGUUUUAAAUUGCAUUGAGAUCUUUCCCUCUAGCCUUCGGAAAUGUUCUUUUAGUAUUAUUGACAGCUGUUGAAUUUGAUUGUUACACACAACGUAACUUUUUGCAUGUAAGGAAAAGAGGAGAGCUAUAUGUAAGGAUUAGGGGAGAUACAUUUAAUCUCUGUUAGCAAUCAUGUUAAUGCUCUACUUAAAGCUAUUAACUUUUUGCAGCAAUGAAUAUCAAGACAUGCAUUUUUUUUACAAUUCAUGACCUUUAAGUUGUACUUGACAGAACAAAAAAGAUAUUUUGAAAUAUGUAUACCUAUUAACUUUUUCGAUUACGAAAACAUAAAGGUUCUUUAGAUCUAAAAAUGUUUUAAGUCAGGAAAGUUUGACUGUCUGCUUUUUUUAACAAAUAUGUCUUUCAUCUGGUCAAUAUUUUCUUUCAUUUAGAUACUGUAAAUAAUGCUUCUGAAAUUAAAAAAGUAAAUAUAUUUUAAAAAAUGGAUAAGCAGCAGCAACAACCAUUUUAUGGCGAGUCUUCUCAUUCCCAUCUUCCUCCGAUGUCAUCAACCCAAUUUACUCAACAAUCUCCAUUAUAUCAACUUCAGAGACAGAUGAGCGAUUCUUAUACUCAGGACAGACACCAGCAGCAUUUAAAUUACCCGCCAUAUAAUGUUCUAUCACCGGUACAACCUUUUAACCAAAUGUUUACUAAUAAUUCUCAAAAUUUUAACCACAGUAACAAUCAAAUGUAUGGUCCAAUGUCGGUAAAUCCGAACAUGACUAGAUACCCUGGUUUUGAUAAUCAACAGGAACUUUAUCCAAACGGAAUGACUACGUUGCAAAAAGGACUUUCAUUAAACAAGAAUAAUUUUGAUAACGCUGAUCUUAGCAUGUAUUCCACACAAAACAAUCAGUCUAUGAUGGGACAGAUGCCAAUGUCAAAUUUUCCACAAAGAAAUAUUCCACAAGAAAAUUCCUAUUUAAGCAUGCUUUCGACAUCAGUAAGCCCUGUGCAAUUAAAUAACGAAACACCUCAAGCUCUCUAUUCGAAAUCUUUAAUGCAGCGCUUAACGAAGAGUGGCAGUAGUACAUAUGAUUAUCAUGCUGACCAAAAUUUUCAUAAUGGCAGUAACAGGUUAGAUGAACCGCUUGUUGAUAAUAAAGGAAAAAGAAACUUUUUAAUGCAGCAGUUGAGAAAAAAAGCGGAACAACCUAAAGCAGAUGUGGUGUCAAACCAGUUAGCACCAGAAAAAGCUCAUGCAGAUUUACCUGCUGAUCCCAGUGAACCACCAUUUUUAGGAUCAGCCGAAGAUUUGGAUAUGAUGGCGAAGAAUCUUAUGGAUGAAGUUGAUGGUCUAACGUUCGAUUCAUUUCAAGAAUUUCUUGGUAGUCCGCUGCUUACAUUAGGACAAGGAAUCAUGCAUUCACCCAUGUCAGUUGAAUCAAACAAAACAGACUCCUCCUCGGGCUCGCUGAAAGACUUGAGAAAUUUGAGAUCUCUAUCGCUUGUAGUAUCACCUACAAGCGCAGACGCAAAUGUAACGUUCUCUGCGCCGGUGACACCAUCGGAUGUCAUAGUGUCGCCUACGUGCGAUAAAUCAGAGAAAAAGAGUCAGAAUAAAACUGUGAAACGUACUGUAAAAAAGAAGCAGUCUUUAGAAGAGUGUCAAAAAACAAUUAAUAAAUCGAGUAUAAUUCCAAAAAACAAAGACUUUUCAAAGCCGCUAAAGGAGAUAGUUCCACAAAAUGUAUCACCGUUUGAGAACGAUAAGGAUGACGUGUUUAAAAGAGACAAUCUAAACACAGCAAACUUUAUGAGUUUAAAGGCUAUACACAACCCCUACCCAGAUGGAAAACCGCCGUCUUUCAUUCACCGUUCGAUGAGCACGCCUGGACUGGAUAUGGGUACAAAAAACACGAGGCAAACCCGCCGAACUAUUCGCAAAAGUGAUAGCGAUGGUUUGCUUAAAGUGGCGCGAGUUAAUCCUCUGAAGAUAAACCGGAAAAUGACCGGCCACGAAAACUUAACACCACGCAGUGCGUUUAGUCCACCCAGUGUUGAUGGCGACAUACAAAGUGAUAAAACAAUAGAUUUUAGUAGCGAUAUAAAAUACGAAGCUGAUCCUACGCAAUCCAUUAAGGGUUUAUAUUUCGAGAAUAAAAGCUUCUACAAAAUACGUAAAAACUUACGCGAAUUAGCGUCACUACGGUCGGAAACGGCCCGCAGUUUUCCACCGGGUAAAUUUUCUCAGAAGUGUUCUAAACUUUUUCUCAAUCAGUUGAUGAGCAUGAAACCUGACAAGUGGGUUUUAAAAAGUGUCGAACCAGAUGUAAAAAAUGACAAGGAUAUCAACUUGAAAAGUUUCACGGAGAGGAAAAUUAAAAUUUUAGAUAAUAUUUCACAGGAAUAUAUCUCCGAAUAUAUUGAACCUUCCGACGCUCAACCAUUCACCUAUCUCAGCGACGAUCUAAAUAAAAAACAACAGCCAUCAGAGAAACUCAUGAACCUGCUAACAGAUAAGAAAAUAUUAAGUCCUGUUCAAAAGGACUCGUGCAGUAUAAAAGUGCUUUAACUUUAUGGAAAUUGAAAAAAAAAAGAAAAUAUAUUUCUAUGUACAUAAAACGUUAUCGUCACCUUUCAUUUGAUCUGAUUGGUGUUCGAAAGUAUUUGGUUUAAUUAUAUUCGUAUUUAUGUUGUUGUUAUUGUCGUGCUCAUCAAUAUCGUUGCGGUUGUGUCGUUGUUAUUGUCGUCAUUUUGUCGUUGUUUUUGUCGUUGUUUUUGUCGUUGCUUUUGUUGUUUAUUGUCGGUCAGAGUUGCCACACCUCCUCUUCAAUUCUCCUCCAUUUUAAUUUUACAAAUUGUUAGAUACUUUUUUUUAUGGCAAAACAUGCUAUAUUUGUACAGAAAUACUUUGUUUUUCGCUAAUUUUGGAAAGAUCUAAAAUUUCCUUUCUUUAAGAAAACACAAUUAUGUUCUCAAAACAGUUUGAAAAUUCUCAAGAAAACUCUUCAAAUAUUCUUAAAUGUAUUCUUAAAUCUAAAAGUGGCAAACAUGUUGUUGUUGUUGUUGUUGUUUUGUGGUGAUGUCGUUCUCACACAUGCUUCAUUUCAUUUUUUCAACAUAUGAAUUAUAUAUCACUGUCCAGAAACACAUCUAUAUCUUCAUCUGUUCUGCUGAAGUUAGCCUUCUACGGCGGUCUGUUUCUUUAUAAGCCUUAUCGGAUAUGUUUCUAUCUCAACUACAAACAUUCAAUGCUAUCUCAUACUUUUUUCAACAUUAGAAUUUUAUUCCUUUAAUCCAUAAAUUUAGCAGUUUUUGGACCUGAUCGCCGAAAAUCAAUUUCGCAGAAUCUCCCUAUAUUUUUAAAAACUAAAAUAAAAAAAUUGAGAUUUGAGUAAAAUGGGUACAGAUUGAUCCAAAAUUUUAUUUUGAAGAAAGAAAAAACACGUCAAUUCACAAUUAUUUUUCGUAAGCGACACGUUCAGCCUUUUGUUCACUUAUAAGCAAGCCUUCUUAUACCAGUACCUUAUUUAUUUUUUCGUUUCGUCCACUAAAAUUAAGUUUGUAUAUAUGAAUAUUUCCCGGUUGCGGUGUUUUGAUGGAAUUUGUCAAUUAUUUCGGUUACGUAUCAUAACUUUUAUUAUUUUAUUCGGUCAUGUACAUAGCAAUAUAAAGAACUUCAAAAA